AUGCACUGCGACCUGCCCCAAGAACUUCGCGACCACAUAAACAAAUUCUUUGUGGAAGGCUCAUACGACAAUGAGGUCAUUGUCCGUCAAGCAAAUGGGAACAAGAUGGCGUAUUACGUCCGGCAACCUCUGAACGCGGACUCGUAUCUAUGGAUGGAGGAUCCUUUUUUCGCGCAGUUGCGAGCCGACUGUUUCGGCCGGAGAAACACCAGAGAUCUCCUUAUUGCGUACUACAGGUCGCGUACAUUCAAGUUUGCUCAUCGAGAGCUUGGGUUGGUGCGAGCGUUUCUUGACACGGACGAGCUUGGCCUUCGUGCGCGCCCGCUGGAUCAUAUUCGACGCUUGCACCUGGAAGUUGAACCGUUCUUGAUCUGCUCAUCUCGUGAUGAAAAGACAUCCGACAUCGACGUCGAAAUUUGUCGCGCCACUCUGGAAGGUAUCGCUGCGGCCCAGGCUCCACACAUCACAACUGUUAUCCACUUGAAUCUGGCGCAGGAUAUUCUUGAUGGACACGUGGAGCAAUCGCUCUCUAGUGCUGCCAGUGUUGUUCUAGAGAUUGCGGCAAUCGUCACUGCCCUAAUAGAACAAGGCGUCAAGAUUGAGGUGAUUCUUGAGGGUGUUUGGGAUAAGAGUGGCGGGCUGAAGUGCCUCUGCUUCAAUCAAAUCUAUUGGCCAUGGCGUGAAAUGGAUUAUGGACUGGGUCACGUGAGGACAAGCCAGCUCGUUAGCCCUGGAGAGAGAACCAGAUCGCAUAACAUCGGCUAG